AUGGCCAUAGACUGGCGAAAUCGUGUGAACAUAGCAUCGCUCGGGAUGCUGCUGCUGGUUGCCGUGGCCGCCGAAGCUGUCCGCGUCUCGCAGCACACAUCCAGAAGAUUCAAAGAUGAAUCGUUAAACCGUGAUCAGAGUCCAGCCUCGUCCUGGUGGAGCUCACACCUGACCGAGCCACCGAGCAAGAACUUCUACCAGGCGACCCACGGUCUGCUGCAGACACACCCAUCGGUGCCCGGUCUGAAGCCGGCCAGCCCUUCGGCGCUGCCGCUCAGCUCGGCGGGCACUCGCAGCCCCACGGUCGGCGCACCACUGUCCUCGGGCAGCCUCAACAGUGGAUUUCCGUCCAUUGCCAAUCCCAACCCGCGGUCGCCGUUUCGCCAUCUGGACUUCAGCACGAGCGCGACGGCAGAGCUUCGCCGGAACCCGAGCCUCUCGGCGCCGGACGAGUGUGCCCGGGCGUGCCGCGAGGGAGAACCGCCAAGGAUUUGCUACUACCACUUCACCGUCGAGUACUACACCGUACUUGGAGCUGCCUGCCAGGUCUGCACACCGAACGCUACCAAUACCGUCUGGAGCCACUGUCAGUGCGUUCUGGCCGACGGUGUCGAGCGCGGUAUCCUCACGGUGAACCGUAUGAUCCCCGGACCGUCGAUUCAGGUGUGCGAGAACGAUCGCGUCGUGAUCGACGUCGAGAACCACAUGGAGGGCAUGGAGCUGACGAUCCACUGGCACGGAAUCUGGCAGCGUGGCACGCAAUACUACGACGGUGUGCCGUUCGUCACACAGUGUCCCAUCCAGCAGGGCAACACCUUCCGUUAUCAAUGGACUGGCAACGCGGGAACCCACUUCUGGCACGCCCAUACCGGUCUGCAGAAGCUGGACGGUCUGUACGGUAGCAUCGUCGUCCGCCAGCCACCGUCGCGCGACCCCAACUCCCACCUCUACGACUUCGAUCUGACCACGCACAUCAUGCUGGUGAGCGACUGGCUGCACGAGGACGCGGCCGAACGCUACCCGGGCCGUCUGGCCGUCAACACCGGCCAGGAUCCCGAGUCGCUGCUCAUCAACGGCAAGGGCCAGUUCCGCGAUCCUAACACCGGCUUCAUGACCAACACGCCGCUGGAGAUCUUCACCAUCACGCCCGGCCGCCGCUACCGGUUCCGCAUGAUCAACGCGUUCGCGUCCGUCUGCCCGGCCCAGGUCACCAUUGAGGGACACGCCCUGACGGUGAUUGCCACCGACGGCGAGCCGGUCCAUCCGGUGCAGGUUAACACCAUCAUCUCGUUCUCCGGAGAACGUUACGAUUUCGUCAUCACCGCGGACCAACCGGUCGGUGCGUACUGGAUUCAGCUGCGAGGACUCGGCGAGUGCGGCAUCAAGCGCGCCCAACAGUUGGCCAUCCUUCGGUACGCCCGCGGACCGUACCAGCCCGCCUCCCCGCCACCCACGUACGACGUCGGUCUUCCGCAGGGUGUUGUUCUAAACCCGCUCGAUGCCGUCUGCAACAUUCCCCGACCGGAUGCGAUCUGCGUUAGCAACCUGCGGAACGCCAAGAAGGCCGACAAGGCCGUCCUCUCCGAGCGGCCCGACGUGAAGAUUUUCCUACCGUUCCGGUUCUACUUCUACCGCGUCGAGGAGCUGUUCACGCCGAACACGUACAACAAAUUUUUGGUUGCACCAGGAGGAGACCACCUGAUUUCGCUGAUCGACGAAAUCUCUUACGUAUCGCCACCGUCUCCGAUGCUGUCGCAGAUCAACGACAUCCCACCGGAGCAGUUCUGCAACGGUGACAACCGCCCGCCAGACUGCGGCCCGAACUGCAUGUGCACGCACAAGGUCGACAUUCCGCUGAACGCCAUCGUGGAAGUCGUCAUGGUCGACGAAGUACAACAAGACAAUCUGAGCCAUCCGUUCCAUCUGCACGGACACGCGUUCCACGUCAUCGGUAUGGGCCGCUCGCCGGACAGCACGGUGAAGAAGAUCAACCUGCGCCACACGCUCGACCUGGACCGACGGGGUCUGCUGAACCGACAGUUUAACCUUCCACCGCUCAAGGACACGAUCGCCGUCCCCAACAAUGGCUACGUGGUGCUGCGAUUCCGGGCAGAUAAUCCCGGAUAUUGGUUGUUCCACUGCCACUUCCAGUUCCACAUAGUGAUCGGCAUGAAUCUGGUGGUGCACAUCGGCACACAUGCCGACCUUCCACCGGUGCCACCGAACUUCCCCCGCUGCGGCAACCACAUACCUCCGAUAAAGUUUAACUAG